GUCAUAGGUAUCGAAAACAUAACCUAGUUUUAUUAGUUGUGUUAGUUAAAAUAACAAUAUGUCUUUAUAUGACGAUUACGAUGUGAAAACAACAGCAACAGAAAAAGUUCAAGGAUGGUCUUCGGGUAUAAAACUCCUGCAAUCUCAAUUACAACUCAAAAAAGCGACGGUAACACAACCAAAACGUGAUCAUAUACGCAAAACUAGUUUAGCUCCCGUAAUUGAUCUAAAAUCCAAACGAGAUGAAGACGAUUUUAUGCACCUUUCUAAAUCGAAAACAGAUACGAGAUUGCCUAUUAUAAGUUCUGCUACAUUUACAAACGAAUACGAUUGGAACGUAAUUGACGAAUACGAUCCUCUUUGGCCUAACGAGUAUGAAAAAGUCGUAAAAGAAUUACGAGAUCAUCACAGGGAUAGGGAUAACAGGGAUGCUAGAGAUCGCGAAUCCAGAGAUAGGGAUCGAAAUGAAAAAGAAGAAAAAAGGAGAGAAAAGAAACGAAAAAGUAGAUUCAGCGAUCCGGAAGAAAGUAUGUCACCGCCUUCUAAUUUAAUCAGUACACCUCAGAUGACCCAACCGGCCCUUAGUAGUGGAUUCGCGGGUAGAUGGACGGGAGACGAGGACGACGAAGAACCCGUUCAGAAAGCUAGUCGCCCCGCUGGAGGGGUGGCGAUUGCUCCACCGCCAAGUCUUCAAGAACCAUCGGAACCGGUGCCCAUCAUACCGAAUAAACCUCAACCGACGGCUCCUUACGGGGGCUCCGUCGCCGCUAAAAUUAUGGCUAGGUAUGGGUUUAAAGAAGGUCAGGGGUUGGGUAGGAUGGAACAAGGUAUGUCUAGUGCUUUGCAAGUAGAAAAAACGUCUAAAAGAGGUGGGAGGAUUAUACACGAGAAAGAAAUUAUGCCUCCUCCGCCGCCUAUCGAACCUGCAGGAGUGCAACCUACUAUUACUGAAAUUAUGAAAAAUCCCAGCAAGGUCGUUUUGUUAAAAAAUAUGGUGGGUCCGGGCGAAGUGGACGACGAUUUGGAACCGGAAGUGAAAGACGAAUGUAAUACGAAGUACGGUCCUGUAGCCAGUUGCAUAAUUCACGAAAUACCGCACGAAGAUCCCGAAGAAGCGGUCAGAAUAUUCGUCGAAUUUCUGAGAAUCGAGAGCGCCAUUAAGGCAGUGGUGGAUUUGAACGGAAGAUUCUUCGGCGGUAGACAAGUGAAAGCGUCUUUUUACGAUACGGAAAAAUUCGAUAAUUUGCAGUUGAUGGACUAAUUCGUUUAAUUUUUUUUUAUCGAGGAGAUUUUCAGGAAAUAAAACAGUUUAAUUGAACAAUUCAAGUAUAUU